ACAAAUGGAGUGAAAAUACCAGCCUUCCAUAUAUCUCAAUUUUUUUUAGUGAAAAGAACCGAAGCAAUUCAAUGGGUCAACACGUUUCGCGAACUGAUUUCGAGUGGGUUUACGAUGAACAGCCACACAUUGGCCGACGCGACGCCAUGCUAAAGAAAUAUCCACAAAUUAAGAACCUGUACGGGCCGGACCCGGCGUUCAAGUAUAUCGUUUCUGCGAUGGUUCUGACACAAGUCUUGAUGCUGUAUGUAAUGCAGAAUCAGUCCUGGACAAUGAUCACCUUGGUGGCGUAUUGUUUCGGAGGAGUGAUCAAUCAUUCUCUAAUGUUGGCAAAUCAUGAAAUUUCGCACAACAUGGCGUUCGGGUAUGGUCGACCAUUGGCAAAUCGAUACUUUGGAAUGUGGUGCAAUCUACCCAUCGGAAUUCCAAUGUCGGUGUCGUUUAAAAAGUAUCACACACUGCAUCAUAGAUACCUGGCUAAUGAGAAACUUGAUCCAGAUGUACCCAGUAUUCUAGAAGCGAAGCUAUUCUGCAACACAUUUGGAAAGUUCAUAUGGGUCAUUUUGCAGCCAUUGUUCUAUGCAUUGAGACCAUUGUUUGUAAACCCACUUCCGGUGGAGAAACUGGAAAUCAUCAACACAGUCGUACAAGUCAUAUUCGAUGGUCUCGUGGUGUUAAUAUUCGGAUGGAGGAUGCUCGCCUAUUUGCUGAUCGGUUCUUUUCUAGCGAUGGGUAUUCAUCCGGUUGCUGGUCACUUCAUCGCCGAACACUACAUGUUUGCGAAAGGUUUCGAAACGUACUCCUACUACGGCUCUCUGAAUUCGAUCACGUUCAAUGUCGGAUAUCACAACGAACAUCAUGACUUCCCUGCGAUUCCUGGCAGCAGGCUACCUGAAGUGAAAAGAAUAGCCCCAGAGUUUUACGAUACUAUUCCACAGCACACGUCCUGGGUUCGGGUGAUGUACGACUUCGUGAUGGAUCCUGCGGUUGGUCCAUAUGCACGGAUAAAGCGAAGAGCUUUGCAAAAAGCGGGCUAGAUAUUGGCGAGGAAAAGCGUUGCGAAAAGUGUGAUCUCCCGGAAUACGAAGCAAAACACUCCAACAGAGACUGGAAGCAGUAUAUUAUGAUGGAAGUUACUGGAGACUAAAAAUAUAAGUAUAGGAAACGUGCGUCUAGAUAAAAGUAUGCUGCAAACUUAAUAGUUGUGAAAUUC